ACUGAAAGUGGGAGGACCAACUUCAGGUUUCAGGAAGAGCGCUACACCUGUUGGUCUUAGAUCCACAGGAGACUGGUUGGAGUGAAGCGCUGCAGCGUGCCAAGUCAGAGACAAAACAACAACAACAACAACAACAACAACAAAAAAACAACAUGAGCAUCAACUCUCCGGGAGGUCGCACCCUCUCUGAGGACCAGUUCACCUGCUCCAUCUGCCUGGAAAUAUUUGUGGAGCCCGUAUCGACGCCAUGUGGUCACAGCUUCUGCAAGGCGUGCUUGCAGGGCUACUGGAACCACAGCAAGAAGUUCUUGUGCCCCAUGUGUAAGAAGGCCUAUACCAGAAGACCAGAGAUGAGUGUCAACCGGGUCCUGGCUGAAAUCUCCUCCCAGUUCCAGGGCUUGAUGGUCUCUGGAGGCGCCUCUGGAACCCCCUCACGAGGGGGCUCGCUGACUAUAAGCUCAGACCCAGGUCACAGCAGCUCUCCUGCGCAGGAUACUGGUGAGUUUGCGCAGCCCGGUGAUGUUCCAUGUGAUGCCUGCAUUGGGAGGAAGUUAAAGGCUUUCAAGUCGUGUGUGAACUGCCCUGGAUCUUUCUGCGAGUCCCACUUAAGACAUCACAAGAAGGUCAAGACUCUGAUUUCGCAUCGACUGAUUGAACCCACCUUCCACCUGGAGGAGAAGAUCUGUAAGAAACACGAGCGCCUCCUGGAAGUGUACUGCCGCACCGAUCACACCUGCAUCUGCACUGUGUGCGCAGAGGCCUCGCACAAGUCCCACGACAUCAUCCCCGUCAACCAGGAGUUCAAGAAGAAGAUGACUAAUCUGGGAAAGAAGAGGUCAGAGCUGAAACAUUUAAUCAAAGAGCGAACCAAGAAACUGGAAGAGAUCAAGCAGUCCAUCAAGGUUAUCAAGGCCAGCUCUCAGAAAGAGCUGGAGGACAGCUGGCAGGUGUACGCUGAGCUGCAGAAGCUGGUGGAGCAAAGUCAAGCGGAGAUGGUGGAGCUGAUCUCCACCAGACAGCGGGAGGCGGAGCGCCAUGCCCAGGAGCUGGCCAGGAGUCUGGAGAACGAGCUGAGCCAGCUGAAGAGGAGGAGCAACGAGCUGGAUGCCCACGCCCACACCAAGGACAAAGUGGUCUUCCUUCAGAACCUGGCCACGCUGUCCCAUUCGCCGGAACUCAGCGAUUGGUCAGCGGUCAGCAUAAACACCGACAUCUAUCUGGGGAGCCUGCGCUCCUCUGUCAGCAGCCUCAUCGAGAAGUUCCAGGACGAGCUGAAGCGGCUGUAUGGGAAAGACCUCCGAAAGAUGCAGAACUAUGCAAGUGAAGUCAUUUUGGACCAAUCCACAGCCCAAAAGGACCUGGUGGUGUCUGAAGAUGGCCAGCAGGUCAAAUACGAAGCGCGCAAGGUCUCCCACUCCGAGGGUCCCAAACGCUUCCACCCGGCCCUCUUCGUCCUGGCCCGAGAGAGUAUCCACUCCGGCCGGCACUACUGGGAAGUGGACGUCGGGCGUAAGACGGCCUGGACGCUCGGCGUGGCCCGCGCUACGGCUCGCCGCAAGGGCGAGAUCAAGCUGAGCCCCGAGGGGGGGUUCUGGUGCCUGUGGCUGAAGAACGGCGAGGUGAAGGCCCUCGCAGCCACUCGGCUGCCUCUGAUGCUGCCAUCCCUUCCCGGCAAAAUAGGAGUCUUCCUAGAUUACGAGGCCGGCCAGCUCUCCUUCUACGACGUGAAGACGCGCCAGCAUCUCUACACUUUCGCGGAUAAGUUCGCCGAGAGCGUCUACCCGAUCUUCAGCCCCUGCCUUAGCCAGGAUGGGAAGAACAACACUCCUCUAGUCAUCACGCCCGUUAAACACACCUAGGCCGGCCAGAGAGCAAACCUUAGACCAAGAGCUCAGUGUUUUUGUUGAAACAAGUCCUCCUGUCUUUAAAGACUUCAUGGUGGUGUCACUUGUUUGCAAGGCACUUUAUAUCAACUGUGUCUAGUUUUGUUGGCUUGAAGCAAAUCAAGCUCCUGCUGCACACUGUGUGUAAACACUGAAGGAAAGACUGUGUUCAGAGACUUUGGCCGGUACAGUGCUCAGUGCCUCUUAAAAGUCUGGACACCCCAGUUCAAAUCCCAGCUUUUUGUGAUGUUAAAAAUGAGACUACGGUAAAUCGUUUCCAGUCUUGUUUCACCUUUGAUGGGACAUUUACCCUGUUCAGCUAAAAACAAACUAAACAAAUGGGCUAGGAGAGGGAAAAAAGGUAUGAAAGAAAAAAGGUGCAAUAACCUGGUUGGGUAUGCUCGUAAAGCAGUUGCAGCUUUUGAUUCGGUAACAGCAUUCGGUUCAAAUGUGCACCCAGCCAUCACCAGUCACAGUAAAGCUGAUCAACCUGAUCUUUAGGGACAGUCAUUUGUUCCAGCUAAAGGUUCUACAUGUGGCAGAUAUCCUCUGGUAUUCUCUGCACGUCUGGAUCAAGACGGAAGGCUGGAACCUUUUUUUUUUUUUUUUUUACCAAAGAAUCCCCCCCAAAGCCUUUUGGAAUAAUAUAUAUCAUAUGAACCAAACUUUAAUCUUUAGGUCCAUGAUUGCCAUAAGCAUGUCUGACACAGAAACAGCAUUAGACUCUAUGAAACAUCAUACAUGCAUGUUACUGUUAUUUAGACAGAAUGGGGUUUCUGGUCAGGGUGGGAGAAGUUAUAAUCAGAUCAAAGCACCAUUCAGGUUUCCCCCAAAAACUUCAGCUUUCUGCCGCAAACCUGAGGAUAAAGAGAGUUUUGAUUUUAGUUUAGCUCAGCAUCACAUCGACUCCAAAAAUGUCAAAAUCAUGAGAGGAAAAUUUAAGUUCUAGAAUGACCAAACUACAUUUGAGAGAAAAUCUGUGAGGUCACCUGAAAAGAUCUGUGGACAGGAUGAGAUCUAACAAUCUUUUUAUUUCAUUUUCUUUGACCUGUACCAGAACUGGCUGUGUCUCAGUUGAAUUGUACAGGACAAAUAUUAGAAAGUUUCAAAUGAUUUAUCAUGGUCUCAUUUAUUUACAUUACAAUAAUUUAGCCUUUACACUACUGAGAGCAAUGCUAGGGGUGGUGUGAUAAAGAUGUCCGUCCCUCUAAGUCUCACUAAUCAUAACAUUCUUUUUUACCAUGUCUAAUUAAGUUGAAAAUGUGUACAAAGAUAGAUGGUUGGCUGUGACAGCCCUCCCAUCAUUUAACUCUCUAUGUAACAGUAGCUAUGUGUCAUUGAAAGUUUAGCAUUUUUGUAAAAAGAAGUCCUUUCAGGGACUUACUGAAGGAAACAAAUAGAUUGUUGCACAUAUUUGAAAGAUGUUAAACUGAGCUGUUGUUGUUUUAUAGGGUUUGGAUGGUCUGUGAUUUUAUGUUAUGCAGGUUCUUUUUCUUAUGUUCUUUCUGCAGUUUUCAAAUAAAUAUGAUCUACCCUAAAAUGA